UCUCAGAGCUCCCCCAAUUUGAAUUUUCAAUUCGGAAUUUCAAUUUCUGGGGUUCAUUUCGAUUUGGGUUUGCUUGGAAUCUGCGCUUUCUUUGGUAUUUUUGGUUAUUCCGUCGUCGGUCAUGGCCUCCUGAGAUGAAAGGGCCAUGGGCAUCCAUGGCUGUUGCCGUGUUUGCUUAGUGUGAGAGGCUGAUUUGCUUUUGGUGCAUAAGGUUCUUUCUCUCCUUUGCGCGUGUCCCAUUCUCUUCUCCAAUCCUCCACCUGCACACGCACACCUGAUACACUUCUUUCACAUACAUCAGUAAAAUGGAGGUCAAGCUGGCCAAUGACAAGCGUGAAAGAGAAAUGUAUGAUAGUUUUGCCGAACUAUAUGCCAUUAUCAAGACCACUGAGAAGCUUGAAAAGGCGUAUGUUCGGGAUGUGAUCACUUCUUCUGCGUACGAGGCUGAAUGCCAAAAACUUAUUGCCCACUUUAAGACAUUGGCAUCCACGCUAAAGGACACCAUCCCAAGCAUCGAGCGGUUUGCAGAUACAUACAAGAUGGACUGCCCAGCAGCUAUAAACCGCCUUGUGACCUCAGGGGUGCCUGCCACAGUGGAGCACCGGGCUGCUGCAGCUUCCUCCAUGACUUCCUCAGCUGCUGCUGUGGCAGAAUGCACACAGAAUUUCAUUACUGCAAUGGACUCCUUGAAGCUGAACAUGGUGGCAGUUGAUCAGGUGCACCCGCUGCUCUCGGACCUCUCAACGUCCCUCGGGAAGUUAACCUUUCUGCCACCGGACUUUUUGGGAAAGGUGAAGUUGAAGGAAUGGAUUGCAAGGCUGUCAAAGAUGGGAGCAGCCGAUGAGUUGACGGAGCAGCAGUCAAGGCAGCUUCACUUUGAUCUCGAGUCAUCUUACAACUCGUUUAUGUCAGCUUUGCCGAAUUAUGGUACUUGACACCCCCACUUAACGGAUUACUACUUUUCUGCAGCGUGUAUGUGUAUAUUUUGGGGAAUGCCUGUUCCGAACUUCGUGCUUAGUGUCGAUAUUUUGUGUCAAUCAUUCCAGAUAUGAUUUCCAAACUGUAUUGUAGGAAUUACACUUGAAUUCAGUUUCUUGAUUUUUAAUGGUAAAUGAUCUCGGUGGCUUGAUUGAAA